AUGGCGCCCAGAACCCUAAACUUCAUAACCGGCAAUGCGAAUAAGCUGACAGAAGUCCAAGCAAUCCUCGGUGGCGUGGUCGAUUUACACAGUCAGAAACUAGAUUUGGUGGAGAUUCAGGGGACGAUUGAGGAGAUUUCGGCUGAUAAAUGUCGAAGAGCGGCGGAUGCUGUUAAAGGUCCAGUUCUGGUGGAAGAUACAUGUUUAUGUUUCAAUGCGCUGAAGGAACUGCCUGGACCUUAUAUUAAAUGGUUUCUAGAAGCUCUCGGUCAUGAAGGACUAAAUAAUCUCCUGGUAGCAUACGAAGACAAGUCAGCGCAAGCAGUUUGUACUUUUGCCUACUGCGAGGGACCAGGUCACGACCCGCUUAUCUUUCAAGGACGAACCGAUGGCAAGAUAGUACCAGCGAGAGGUCCACCAAAUUUCGGCUGGGAUCCCAUCUUCGAAUACGAAGGCCAAACAUAUGCCGAAAUGGACAAAGAAGCCAAAAACAAAAUCUCCCACCGCUUCAAGGCUUUAGAAAAGCUGAAGGCGUGGUUGAAGGAGGAAGUAUGA